AUGCAGAAGCCGCGGCGGGCGCUGAGGAUGGAGGCCGCGGAGCCAGCGCCGCCGGCGGGGGCGGGCGGCCGCGCCGCGGGCGGCUGGGGCAAGUGGGUGCGGCUCAACGUGGGGGGCACGGUGUUCCUCACCACCCGGCAGACGCUGUGCCGCGAGCAGAAGUCCUUCCUCAGCCGCCUGUGCCAGGGCGAGGAGCUGCAGUCCGACCGGGAUGAGACUGGGGCCUACCUCAUUGACCGUGACCCCACCUACUUCGGGCCCAUCCUGAACUUCCUCCGGCAUGGCAAGCUGGUGCUGGACAAGGACAUGGCUGAGGAGGGGGUCCUGGAGGAGGCGGAGUUCUACAACAUCGGCCCACUGAUCCGCAUCAUCAAAGACCGCAUGGAGGAGAAGGACUAUACCGUCACCCAGGUCCCGCCCAAGCACGUGUACCGCGUGCUGCAGUGCCAGGAGGAGGAGCUCACUCAGAUGGUCUCCACCAUGUCCGACGGCUGGCGCUUUGAGCAGCUGGUGAACAUCGGCUCUUCCUACAACUACGGCAGCGAGGACCAGGCCGAGUUCCUGUGCGUGGUGUCUAAGGAGCUGUACAGCUCCCCACACGGGCUGAGCUCCGAGUCCAGCCGCAAAACCAAGAGCGCGGAGGAGCAGCUGGAGGAGGAGCAGCAGCAGGAGGAGGAGGUGGAGGUGGAGGUGGAACAGGUGCAGGUGGAGGCAGAUACCCAGGAGAAAGCCCAGUCAUCUCAGGAUCCCGCUAACCUUUUCUCCCUCCCACCACCGCCUCCUCCUCCUCCGCUUCCCGCUGGAGGUCCCCGUCUGCGCCCUCUCAGACCUGAGGCUGCGCCCGCAGUGAGGGCUUCUCCUUGGCCCCUCGCCCGCCCCCAGAGCUGCCAUCCUUGCUGUUACAAGCCAGAGGCGCCCGGAUGUGAGGCCCCAGAUCACCUCCAGGGACUUGGGGUUCCGAUCUGAAAUCCUUUAUUUUUGUACCAUGGGGUGGGCCCCCGACCCCAGGGGGAGGACGCUCUCUCCCUCCUGCCACCUCUGUCUACACCUGCCUCUGGGGGCCCCGUGGGGACCCGCUGGGACUGCUCAAAGCCUAAGGUGCCGGGCCCUGGGACCCCUGGACAGGGGCUCCUGCCCGUCGCCAACUUGCGGCACCUCCCAGCUGUGUCUCCCGGGCCCCUUUGUCCCCUCCCCCCAGGACCCCCGCUGCAUGGUGGAUGCACCUCCUCCCGCCCCGGUCACAUCACCUCCUUGAGCCUUAGUCUCCCUGUCUGUCGAAUGGGUCGACUCUUCCCACCCCACCCCACCUACCUCACAGGGUUGUUGUGAGGUUACUAAGAGGAGCAGGGCCCCAGAAAGCCCCAGGGGCGUGUAAGUGCCAGACACAGGGCGACCCUCCUCUGGAGGGAGGACCCACCUAGCCCCGGGUGGAGAUUCAGGUAUUGGUGCGGGGUGGAAGAUAUGGGGGGGCUGGCCCUGUGGGAAGGAGGGGUGGCAGACAGUGGGGCCACUCAGGAACUUGUGGCGAGAGAGGGGACACUCUCCCUCUGCCCUGGGGAGAGUCUGGGGCGUCGGGCCGACCGAGGGACCCUGCUGCGUCAUCACCUCUGGGACGGGAACUUGCUUCUCGGCUGUGUCUGCUGCCCCCAUGUAAUAAAACCCGAAGAAACAGCCCGCUGAGCUGCCUCCCUCUUUC